CCCAUGAGAGAUGAAACCCUAGAAUAAAACCCGCAUCGUCACCCAGACCGUUCGGCUCACGGCAUCCUCAGGGCGCUGCUCAGUACACCACCACAAACUCAGCCACCAUGCCAGGUCCUGUGGUCGAAGAAGUUGAUACAGAGAAUAAGUUUCAGAACGAUGAGCCAGUGAUCGAGGACGUGAAGGAAGAAGACGACCACGAAGACGACGCUGAUGAUUCUGACGACGAGGACGAUGACAAGGAGAAUGGUGCUCAAGGUACAAAUGAAAGUUCGAAACAGAGCAGAAGUGAGAAGAAGAGUCGAAAGGCAAUGUUGAAGCUGGGCAUGAAGCCUGUUACUGGUGUUAGUAGGGUCACCAUUAAGAGAACUAAAAAUAUUUUAUUUUUCAUAUCAAAGCCUGAUGUAUUCAAAAGCCCAAAUUCUGAGACCUACAUUUUAUUUGGAGAGGCAAAGAUUGAGGACUUGAGCUCUCAGCUGCAGACACAAGCUGCCCAACAGUUCAGGAUGCCAGACAUGGAAUCUGUCAUGACGAAGCCAGACAUUUCUGCCGCCUCCGCUGCAACACAGGAAGAUGAGGAAGAGGAAGAGGAAGAAAUUGAUGAGACAGGUGUGGAGCCUCGUGACAUUGAUUUGGUGAUGACACAGGCAGGGGUGUCGAGGAGCAAGGCUGUCAAGGCUCUGAAAACUCAUAAUGGAGACAUAGUUAGUGCUAUUAUGGAGUUGACCACCUAGGUAGGAUCUAUAGUUGACCUUGAAGUGCUGUUCUCUGUUGAUGACCUUGGGAAAUGAGGGUACCUUUAUUUUCGAUUCUUUGGACCCCCUGUUUUGUUUUAUUUUGUUUGGAUCUGAAAAGAAAGCUUUACAUGAUGUUCAAUUGCUGAUUUUUCCUCAUUUUAUGAUUUGUUACAACUGAUGUCAGAGAGACAAUUGACUUUUAAUAUUUGUUUUGCAAGCACAAACUACCAUGUGAGCUACACCUAUUUGGUCAACU